AAACCGAAGAUGACGUUAAAUGAGACCGAGGUGGGUAUCCUCACAGUCCUGUACGCCAUCGCGAUGCUCGUGGCAUUUGCAGGGAAUGGUUUCCUCAUCUACAUCGUGUGGAAGAAACCUGAAGUAAGAUCGCUGACAAGCUUCAUGUUCGUCAACAUGGCCAUCGCUGAUUUGCUGGUGACGUUGGUUGUGAUGCCCUGGUCGAUUACCCAGCUCUGUGCAGACGGUUUAUGGAUGAUACCAGGAAUAUUUGGAAAAAUCACGUGCAAAUUUAUCGUAUACACUGGCUUUGUCACUAUAACAGCGUCCAUCCUCUGCCUGACAUUCAUGUCAGUCGAUAGGUACUAUGCCAUUGUUCAUCCCUUCCGCCGCCAUCUUUGGUUCCGAAAGCCUAAACUGACAGUACCAUUUAUUUGGAUCUUGUCACUGGCCUCUAUGUCCAUUUUCCCUGUUGUUCAAACUGUGGAAGACCACAAUUCCGAAUGUAUGCUGUCUGUUUACGUUUUGGGUGAUCCAUACAGGGCCCUGCGAGGGAUAUACCUCUUCCUGGUAGUGGUCAACUAUCUGAUCCCUUUGAGUGUUAUUUCUGUCAUUUAUACUAUUACCGCACGGAGGUUGUGGUUCCAUGUUGCACCUGGAGUGGAACAUUUGGCAGGAAUCCGAGAGCAACUUGAAACCUCGAAGAGGAGAGUGGUUAAGAUGCUCAUCAUUGUUACCUGUGCCUUUGCUCUUUGCUGGCUCCCAGCACAGGUGGUCCACAUGAAAUAUGUCAUGCAAAAAUGGAAUAUUCAUAUAACUCCUCAGCCGAUUGUCGAGUUUGUGUGUUUUUGGUUUGGUCACGCCAACAGCGCCAUCAAUCCAUGGCUGUACAUUUUCCUGAGCACUAAGAUCAAUACGGCAUUUACAAGAAUCUUCAGGAGAAAAAGCAGCCGGUCGCCUCUGAGUCUCUGUGUCAAACCUUCAAAUACCGUUUUGCCUGAAGACCAAGCUGCCCACGAAGAAUCAACAUUGUAAUCUCUGUCAUAACAUCAACCUUUUAUCACCAGUCUUGGUAAUUAUAUCUAAAGCCAAACCUGCUUAAAACUUAUUGAAAAACAUGAACCAUUUAUCACUAGUCUUGGUAAUUAUAUCUAAGAAAUCCAAAAUUGAUUAAAACUUAAUAAAUAAUAUGACCCCAUACAUACGGUGUGAUAAAGGUAAUGAGCUAAGUAAUUAAUGUGAAAUUGAUAAUCUGAACUGAUUUAGACAACUGCUCUAUCAGCUGCUAAGAAUAAGAGAAGGGAUCAGAUUUUGUUUUGUUUUUUUUGUUGUUGUUCUCAAUUUUGACAGCAAGUUAUCUCUGGAGGUAGUUAGAGUUUAUAAUUCAAAGCUAUUAUGCAAACUUUAAUUUUUAUCAAUAAUGUAAAAUUAGUUGUCGUCAAACAAGGUAUUUGAGAAUUAUUUACCUUGGUGAAGGUACAUAUCAUAGUAGUGAAAAUUUCAGAAUUGGCCGGUAAGUGCACUCCCGAGAGCACAAUUGCCUUGUGCAGUAUAUACUAAGUUGGUUUGUUUUAUUGAUAAUUUCGCAUUGAUCAUAAAGAAUCGUUCCCCACAGUUUUACUAAUUAUACAUAAAAAAAUAAUAGAUUUAGUGCCUGUGAUCCAAGUGAGAGCGGUUACUGGUGACAGAGAAUAAUUUCGCAUUAAACUUUUUAAUUUCAUUGUAACUCUAUUCCAUGCGGUUAUGAAAAUAAUCAUCUCACUCGUCAAAGUAAAGACAGGUUGAUAAUUGACCCUUUAACUUAAUCAAAACUUGCAUAUUUUACAAGUUAUUUCAUUGGAAAAUUUUUAAAACGAACUUUGUAGUAGCUUUAAUUCGUGACAGACAAGUGAAA